UGGGCGGUGGCGGCGGCGGCGGCGGUGGUGGUGGCUCGCUGGGCGCAGGGCGCGGGGUGCGGCAGUGGGGUCGUCAGAGCGGGGCGGGUGUGGGGCUCGGGGGCGCGUCCACGUGGCUGGCAGGCGGCCACCGGGAGCCAGCGGCGGUGGAGGGACAGGCCCACCCCGGGGCACAGCCGCCGGCCAUGCCCACUGUCUGCCUCCUCCUGCUGCUCCUCCUCACCAUGGAAGGGGCCCUGUGUGGCAGCAGGCCCUUCCCCGCCUUCUCGGUGACAGACACCACACUCACCCACCUGGCUGUGCACCGGGUGACUGGGGAGGUAUUCGUGGGUGCAGUAAACCGUGUCUUCAAGCUGGCCCCCAACCUUACUGAGCUACGGGCCCAUGUCACGGGACCCGUUGAGGACAAUGCCCGCUGCUACCCACCCCCCAGUAUGCGUGUGUGCACCCACCGCCUGGCACCUGUGGACAACGUGAACAAGCUGCUGCUCAUAGACUAUGCGGCCCGCCGCUUGGUGGCCUGUGGCAGCAUCUGGCAAGGCAUUUGUCAGUUUCUGCGCCUGGACGACCUCUUCAAGCUGGGCGAGCCCCACCAUCGCAAAGAGCACUACCUGUCAGGGGCCCAGGAGCCCGACUCCAUGGCUGGUGUCAUCGUGGAGCAGGGCCAGGGGCCCAGCAAGCUGUUUGUGGGCACUGCUGUGGAUGGCAAGUCUGAGUACUUCCCCACUUUGAGCUCCCGCAAACUCAUCAGCGAUGAGGACAGUGCUGAGAUGUUUAGUCUGGUGUACCAAGAUGAGUUCGUGUCCUCGCAGAUCAAGAUCCCUUCAGACACCCUGUCCUUGUACCCCGCCUUUGACAUCUACUACAUCUAUGGCUUUGUGAGUGCUUCCUUCGUGUACUUCCUGACACUGCAGCUGGAUACCCAGCAGACGCUGCUAGACACAGCGGGGGAGAAGUUCUUCACAUCCAAGAUCGUGCGCAUGUGUGCGGGGGACUCCGAGUUCUACUCGUACGUGGAGUUUCCCAUCGGCUGCUCCUGGCGUGGUGUGGAGUACCGUUUGGUGCAGAGCGCUCACCUGGCCAAGCCCGGCCUGCUGCUGGCCCAGGCCCUGGGCGUGCCAGCCGACGAGGACGUCCUCUUCACCAUCUUCUCUCAGGGCCAGAAGAACCGGGCCAGCCCGCCGCGGCAGACUGUCCUCUGCCUCUUUACGCUCAGCACCAUCAAUGCCCAUAUCCGCCGCCGCAUCCAGUCGUGCUAUCGCGGGGAGGGCACGCUGGCCCUGCCCUGGCUGCUUAACAAGGAGCUGCCCUGCAUCAACACUCCCAUGCAGAUAAAUGGAAACUUCUGCGGGCUGGUGUUGAACCAGCCACUGGGUGGCCUGCAUGUGAUUGAGGGGCUGCCCCUACUGUACGAUGGCACUGAUGGCAUGGCCAGUGUGGCGGCCUACACGUACCACCAGCACUCUGUGGUUUUCAUCGGCACUCGCAGCGGUAGUCUGAAGAAGGUGCGAGUCGAUGGCUCCCAGGAUGCCCACCUGUACGAGACGGUGCCUGUGGUGGAUGGCAGCCCCAUACUCCGAGACCUGCUCUUCAGCCCCGACCACCGGCACAUCUACCUCCUGAGUGAGAAGCAGGUGAGCCAGCUCCCAGUGGAGACUUGUGAGCAGUACCUGAGCUGUGAGGCCUGCCUAGGCUCCGGGGACCCACACUGUGGUUGGUGUGUGCUACAGCACAGAUGCUGCCGCGAAGGGGCCUGUCCCGGCGCCUCAGCCCCGCAUGGCUUUGCCGAGGAGCUGAGCAAGUGUGUCCAGGUGCGGGUGCGGCCCAACAACGUGUCAGUGACGUCACCUGGGGUGCAGCUGACUGUGGCCAUGCGCAAUGUGCCAGACCUCAGCGCAGGCGUGAGCUGUGCCUUCGAGGAGGUGACGGAGAACAAAGCCAUCCUGCUGCCCUCUGGGGAGUUGCGCUGCCCCUCGCCCUCCCUUCAGGAGCUCCAGGCUCUCACCAGGGGGCACGGGGCCACCCGCACUGUGCGUCUGCAGCUGCUCUCCAAGGAGACCGGGGUGAGGUUCGCUGGAGCCGACUUUGUCUUCUAUAACUGCAGCGUCCUCCAGUCGUGCAUGUCCUGCGUUGGCAGCCCUUACCCCUGCCACUGGUGUAAGUACCGCCAUGUGUGUACCAGCCACCCCCACGAGUGCUCCUUCCAGGAGGGCAGGGUCCACAGCCCCGAGGGCUGCCCUGAGAUCCUGCCCAUUGGGGACCUCCUGAUCCCGGUUGGUGUCAUGCAGCCUCUUACCCUGCGGGCCAAGAACCUGCCGCAGCCCCAGUCGGGCCAGAAGAACUAUGAGUGUGUGGUCCGGGUGCAGGGGCGGCAGCAACGUGUGCCCGCUGUACGCUUCAACAGCAGCAGUGUGCAGUGCCAGAAUGCCUCAUACUCCUAUGAAGGUGAUGAGUAUGGUGAUACCGAGCUGGACUUCUCCGUGGUCUGGGAUGGAGACUUCCCCAUUGACAAGCCUGCCACCUUCCGAGCUCUCCUGUAUAAGUGCUGGGCACAGCGACCCAGCUGCGGCCUCUGCCUCAAGGCUGACCCCCGCUUCAACUGUGGCUGGUGCGUCUCAGAGCACAGGUGCCAGCUGCGGGCCCACUGUCCCGCCCCCAAGACCAACUGGAUGCACCCGAGCCAGAAGGGUACCCGCUGCAGCCACCCCCGCAUUGCCCAGAUCUACCCACUCAUGGGGCCCAAGGAGGGAGGCACCCGGGUCACCAUUGUGGGCGAGAACCUGGGCCUCACCUACCGAGAGGUGGGCCUGCGGGUGGCUGGCGUGCGUUGCAACUCAAUCGCCACCGAGUACGUCAGCGCCGAGAGGAUCGUGUGUGAGAUGGAGGAGUCACUGGUGCCCAGCCCGCCACCAGGACCCGUGGAGCUCUGUGUAGGUGACUGUUCCGCUGACUUCCGCACACAGUCUGAGCAGCUCUAUAGCUUCGUGACCCCAAUGUUUGACCGUGUGAGUCCUAGUCGGGGCCCGGCUUCUGGGGGCACACGGCUCACCAUCUCUGGGAGUUCUCUGGAUGCCGGCAGCACGGUCACGGUGACUGUGAGAGAUGGCGAGUGCCAGUUCGUGAGGAGAGAUGCCGAAGCAAUCGUGUGUAUCUCGCCCAUCUCCACCCUGGGCCCCAGUCAGGCCCCCAUCAGCCUGGCCAUUGAUCGUGCCAACAUCUCCAGUCCUGGAGUCCUCUACACCUACACCCAGGACCCCACUGUCACUCGCCUUGAGCCCACCUGGAGCAUCAUCAAUGGAAGCACUGCCAUCACUGUGAGUGGGACCCACCUGCUGACAGUCCAGGAGCCCCGGGUCCGGGCCAAGUACCGAGGCAUCGAGACCACCAAUACGUGCCAGGUGAUCAAUGACACUGCCAUGCUGUGUAAAGCCCCUGGCAUCUUCCUGGGGCGGCCCCAGCCACAAGCGCAGGGCGAGCACCCUGACGAGUUUGGCUUCCUGCUGGACCACGUGCAGACAGCCCGCUCCCUCAACCGGUCCUCCUUCACCUACUACCCUGACCCCAGCUUCGAGCCGCUUGGACCCUCCGGUGUCCUGGACGUCAAACCUGGCUCCCACGUAGUGUUGAAGGGCAAGAAUCUGAUUCCUGCAGCAGCUGGCAGCUCCCGCCUCAACUACACUGUGCUGAUUGGGGGCCAGCCGUGUGCACUCACCGUCUCGGACACCCAACUCCUGUGUGACUCACCCAGCCAGACGGGCCGACAGCCUGUCAUGGUGCUGGUGGGCGGCCUGGAAUUCUGGCUGGGCACCCUGCACAUCACAGCCGAGCGGGCACUGACCCUGCCAGCUAUGGUGGGGCUGGCAGUGGGGGGCGGGCUCUUGCUGCUAGCCAUCACUGCUGUGCUGGUUGCCUACAAGCGCAAGACUCAGGAUGCAGACCGCACGCUCAAGCGGCUCCAGCUCCAGAUGGACAACUUGGAGUCCCGCGUGGCCCUGGAAUGCAAGGAAGCCUUUGCUGAGCUGCAGACAGAUAUCAACGAGCUGACAAACCAUAUGGACGUGGUGCAGAUCCCAUUCCUGGACUACCGGACCUAUGCUGUGCGCGUGCUCUUCCCAGGCAUUGAGGCCCACCCGGUGCUCAAGGAGCUGGAUACACCCCCCAAUGUCGAGAAGGCACUUCGCCUCUUUGGGCAGCUGCUUCACAGCCGUGCCUUCGUGCUCACCUUCAUUCACACACUGGAGGCCCAGAGCAGCUUCUCCAUGCGUGACCGAGGCACCGUGGCUUCGCUCACCAUGGUGGCUCUGCAGAGCCGCCUUGAUUAUGCCACGGGGCUGCUCAAGCAACUGCUGGCAGACCUCAUCGAGAAAAACCUUGAGAGCAAGAACCACCCAAAGCUGCUACUGCGCAGGACGGAGUCGGUGGCUGAGAAGAUGCUUACCAACUGGUUCACAUUCCUGCUGCAUAAGUUUCUGAAGGAGUGCGCUGGAGAGCCACUUUUCCUGCUCUACUGCGCCAUCAAGCAGCAGAUGGAGAAGGGGCCCAUCGACGCCAUUACAGGCGAGGCACGCUACUCCCUGAGCGAGGAUAAGCUCAUUCGGCAGCAGAUAGACUACAAGACCCUGACCCUGUACUGUGUGUGCCCGGAGAGUGAGGGCAGCACUCAGGUCCCGGUGAAGGUUCUCAACUGCGACAGCAUUACCCAGGCCAAAGACAAGCUGCUGGAUGCUGUGUACAAGGGCAUCCCAUACUCCCAGCGUCCCAGAGCUGAGGACAUGGACCUAGAGUGGCGUCAGGGACGCAUGGCUCGCAUCAUCCUCCAGGAUGAGGAUGUCACCACCAAGAUCGAGUGUGACUGGAAGAGAGUCAACUCACUGGUCCACUACCAGGUGACAGAUGGUUCCUUGGUGGCACUGGUGCCCAAACAAGUGUCCGCCUAUAACAUGGCCAACUCCUUCACCUUCACCCGUUCCCUCAGCCGCUACGAGAGCUUGCUGCGCACAGCCAGCAGCCCCGACAGCCUCCGCUCUCGGGCACCCAUGAUCACACCCGACCAGGAGACGGGCACCAAGCUGUGGCACCUGGUGAAGAACCAUGACCAUGCCGACCACCGUGAGGGGGACCGUGGCAGCAAGAUGGUCUCAGAGAUCUACCUGACACGGCUGCUGGCCACCAAGGGCACCCUGCAGAAGUUUGUGGACGACCUCUUUGAAACUGUGUUCAGCACAGCGCACCGUGGCUCCGCCCUGCCCCUGGCCAUCAAGUACAUGUUCGACUUCCUGGACGAGCAGGCCGACCAGCGCCAGAUCAGUGACCCUGAUGUGCGCCACACCUGGAAGAGCAACUGCCUGCCCCUGCGCUUCUGGGUGAAUGUGAUCAAGAACCCGCAGUUCGUGUUUGACAUCCACAAGAGCAGCAUCACGGACGCCUGCCUGUCGGUGGUGGCCCAGACCUUCAUGGACUCCUGCUCCACGUCUGAGCACCGCCUGGGCAAGGACUCACCCUCCAACAAGCUGCUCUAUGCCAAGGACAUCCCCAACUACAAGAGCUGGGUGGAGAGGUACUACCGAGACAUUGCAAAGAUGGCAUCCAUCAGUGACCAGGACAUGGACGCCUACCUGGUGGAGCAGUCCCGCCUCCACGCCAGUGACUUCAGUGUCCUAAGCGCACUUAGUGAGCUGUACUUUUAUGUCACCAAGUACCGCCAGGAGGUUCUCACUGCUUUGGACCGAGACGCCUCUUGUCGGAAGCAUAAAUUGCGCCAGAAGCUGGAACAGAUCAUGAGCCUCAUGACGAGCAACAGCUAAGGGUGACAGGACCGGUGAGGAGGGGGCUUCUCAGUCCUGGGCCCUCUUCCCCUUGAUGGGGGCGGGCUCUCGCCUGGGGCUCAGGGCUGAGCCCGGGAUUGGGUGGCACGGGUGUGGUCACCGGGCCAAUAUGCCCGUGGCACACCUGGGUCCCCUUUAUUAGUGCCUUGCUUUGGGCCCUGCAGGCGGGGAGAGGUGACAGGACCAAGCCCCCCACCCCAACAGCAGCAAUACCCCCAGCCUCCUGCCCUUGUGCCCAGGUGUUGUGACAGCCCCUGCCCUCCUUGCUAUUUAUACCCCCAACCACCUAUUUAUUUAAUUUAUCUCCACCUCACCAUCUCCAUGUGUAAAUAUGUGUCCCCCCUGGGAUCUUGCCAACCUCACUCACCUUUCCUCCUUGAGUCGUCCUGGCUCCCUCGUGACACUGUCAGCCUUGGCCUAGCUACUGGCACCUUACCCUUGCCACGGCUGGCCCCACCCGUUCCGAGAAGGGGGCCUCGGCACCAGCAGCACUUGGGGUGGGGUGAUGCCCCUAAAGCUUCCCUUGGUCUGUGGCUGUGCCAAGGGGUUCCCUCCAAACUUCUUGGGAGAUGGACUGUACGUUCUCACAGGGCCCUGUUCUCUCUGGGCACCUGGAGAACUGUAACCAGACAUGUGCCAGGGCCUGACCUGGGCCCGGGGGCUCCAGAACUCUCCAUCUCCCAGCCCUACUGCCAAACUUCCUCAGUGUUGUCCGCACUUGCCCUGGACCCCCUCAUCCUCAGCUGCCCUGUCCUGCAGCUGCCCCAAGGGGCCGAGGCGGCAGUGCCUUACUCCUUUGUUCUGCCUCUUCUGAGGAAUCUGGCCCCGUCUCAUGGUCCCGGAAACCCCAUUCUCCUCUUUUGUUGCAUGAGUUUUCCUUUGUUCAUGUAAUUUUUUUUCCUAAUUAAAUCGUGGGAAAAUGGA